GAAGAAGGUGUCAGAUCCCCGUAACUGAAGCUAUAGGCGGCUGUUACCUGCCAUGUUCAAGGCUACAGUUCAUCACCACAGGGCAGUCCUCAUGCAGGAGUUUGAGGCAGCUGGUCACAUUGAAUCCAUAAUCAAGAAGUAGAGAGCAAUGAAUGCUAGUGCUCAGCUCACUUUUUAUUCCGUCUGGAGCCCUAGUCCAUGGAAUGGUGGCACCCAUAUUAAGUAGGCAUGACCAGUGGCUUGUUUCCUAGGUGAUUAUAGAGCCUGUCAAGUUGACAAAUUAAUCACAACAGGGUUUCAUACAGUCCAGGGUAGCCUUGAACUCUUUAUGUAACUGAGGCUGACCCUAAACUUCUAGUCCUCUUGCCUCUACCUCACAAGUGCUGUGAUUAUUCACAUGGAUCAUCACAUUAAGACUCAAAGAAACAUUUAAAGCAAUACAUUUUAGCUAGGCCUGUGGCAAAGACCUGCAAUCACAGCUGCUUGGGAAGCUGAGGCAGCAGGAAGAUCACAGGUUUAAGGCCUGCCAGGACAACUUAAGAGUUUGUUUCAAGUUAAGGGGAAGAUCUGGAGAUAUAGCUCAGCGGUGAAGAGGACUUGCUUAGCCUGCAGGAAGCCCUAGAUUCAGUCCUCAAUGCCACAAAAUCAAAGUUGUUCAGUUUAUUUUAUCAUAAGGAAACAAAGUCUUAGAGCUCUUGAAGAAUAAUAUUUUAAGAAAAUUUUGUUUCUGUUAUGUGAGAGUACUUACAUGUAUUAGGUACUUAUCAGUCCCAGUCACAAAAUUAUUAGAAAAAUUAUUGUAGCUGGGCACGGUGGUGCAUUGCCUUUAAUCCUAGCACUUGGGAGGCAGAGGCAGGCAGAUCUCUGUGAGUUUGAGGACAGCCUGGUCUAAAUAGUGAGCCCCUGUCUCAAGAAAAGAAAAAAAAGAUUGUAGAGCAAGUUCAAACACUUGUUGGGCAUAAACUGGCUCAUAGCAGCAUUGGUAAAUAGUAAAAGCUGGAAAUAAACCAAAUGUCCGGAGACACUAGCAUGAAUACCUAAGUGUAGAACAGUAUGUUAAAGAAUGGCAAACUAUGUUAACAGUCAAUGAAAGAACUAUAGUCACCUGUUUUUAGGUGGGUGAAUCUCAAAACAAUGCUGAAUGGUUAGAGUAAAACUCGAAAUCAAAGCAAGCUACUGGUUAGUGACAUAUGUGGCAAAACCAUAAAGAAAUACAAAGCACAUCGGUAAAAAAUCCAGAAAAGGAUUAAAGACUGAAAAGCCAUCAACCCGAUGACCCGUUUUCCAUAAGGAAUGCUCAAGACAGCAUCUUGUGUGUUUUCUGAUCUUGUCCCCUGACCCAGUUCUUACUGCAGUGAUUGGUCGGUCACCAAGUCCCUUGUUCACUUAUAAAGAACUGACUUGCAUGACAAUUUGUGCGAGCUGCGUGAACACGUUCUCUGUGGGUAGCUGUCAAGGCUCGGACGGUAGAGUUCAUUAAGUUUUGGCUGGAUGAACAAAUGCAGUCUCCUGAGCUGGGCACAGUGAGUGCAGAGUCUGGAUUGCGAGAGAAGUGCCCACUGGACACCUAGAGGUGUGGAGAAGAAGGUGAGGUGAGCGCAGUUACCGCGGCUUGGCUUUGGGAACCGCGCUGAAGUCGCUCUCUACCCAAAUCCACUCGCUACCGCCCUUCCCGUGACGUCAUGUCACUCCCGCACUUCUGAUUGGAGGAGCGACAUUCGGCCACUCUCGCGGUAUUUCCUUGCCAGGUCCCGGCUAGGCUUCCUUCCUUCGGGAUUUUGUUGCCGACCACCGCACUACCUUAGGAUCCGCGCUGACGGCGUAGAAGAGGCAGGUUUGAGGCCGCGAGGCUGCGUAGACGUCCCGGGCACGAGGUUCGGCUCACGGGCGUGCUGCCUUCCAGGCUCGCGGGAGCGCGGGACGAACUCUCCACAGCCCGGUCGUGCCUGCUCGCCGGAGCCCACGCGAGGGGCACGGCACUUCCAGUCUGUUUGUAUUGCUGAGUACUGUUCAUCCUGUUCACAAUGGGUGUGAAGAAGAAAAGAGAAAUGCAGGUUGCUGCAUUGACUGUUUGUUAUCAGGACCUGGAAACUUUGAGAUCUUUUGCUGAUGCGGAAGGGAAAAAUCUAGCCUCUCUGCUGUUACAUUGUGUACAACUCACAGAUGGAGUGUCACAAAUCCAUUGUGUUAAACAGAUUGUUCCUCUCCUGGAGAAGGUAGAUAAAAAUGGCGUGUGUGAUCCCACUGUUCAAAGUUGUUUGGAUAUUUUAGCAGGCAUUUAUUUUUCUUUGAGUCUGAAGAAUCCCUUGAAGAAAGUAUUGGCAAGCUCACUGAAUAGCCUACCUGAAUUUUUUCUAACUGUGGCUUUAGACAGUUUUACUUUUCAUCUUCGAGAAGAGUUAAAUACCACUGACUUAUGCUCUUAUAGGAAAGUGAUUGACAAUAUAUCGUCCUGCAUGGAGAAUUUUAGCCUGGGUAGAGCAUGUAUUGUUAAUCUGCUUAAAAAUGUGUUUCAUUUUCUGCAGAGGAGUUUAAUUGAAAUCUUGGAAGAAAACAGAAAAUUCACUGGAAAUCAUAUCGUUCAAACACACUUAAUGAAUGACUUAUUGGUAGGCAUUAGAGUUUCAAUGACAUUAGUACAGAAAGUACAAACUUUCCAGGGCGACCUUUGGAAGGCUUCCAGCUCUCCCAUCUGGCAAAGUAUGUGUAGCUUGCUGAACAUUUUUACCAGGUUUUUAAGUGAUGAUGACCUACUACAGACUGUUCAGAGCACAUCUGGAUUAGCUGUUAUUCUUUUUAUCAAGACUAUGUUUUAUCCAUCUGAAAAGAUUCCUGAGUUGAUUAGCAGCUUGCUUCUCCAAUCAGUGGACUACACCAGCAUCCCCACAUGGUUCAUGAGCAGCUGUAAGAACCUUUGUUGUGCUGAUAUGCCCAGUUCAGCUCUCUUAUUCCUGUGUCAGGGGACACUUGCUAUGUUGGAUUGGCAGGAUGGGAGCAUGGGCCCAGGCAGGGAGACCCUGCUCUUGGACACUGUGCAUGCUUUGUUCAUCUUGAGUUCACAGAUUAAGGAAUCAACACUGGAAAUGUUCCUGUCUAGAAUCUUGGCAUCUUGGACUAAUUCAGCUAUACAUAUCCUUGAAUCAAGUUCCCCAAGUAUAAAGGACCAACUGAAUGGGAAUUCAAGCAUAACUGGGAGGCUUUUGGAAUAUGUUUAUACCCACUGGGACCAUCCAUUAGAUGCUCUGAGACACCAAACCAAAAUUAUAUUCAAAAAUCUUCUCCAAAUGCAUUGGCUUGCUAUGGAAGGGAAUUUGGUCACUGACCCUUUCUUUCUGGAACUGGCCAAGAGUCUUCUGCGAUUGGAAUGGCAUAUUAAAGGAAAGUACACAUGCCUUGGCUGUUUGGUCGAGUGCAUAGGAAUUGAACAUAUUUUGGCAGUAGAUAAAACAAUUCCAUCUCAAAUCUUAGAGGUGAUGGGCGACCAGUCAUUGGUACCUUAUGCAAGUGACCUCUUGGAAACCAUGUUUAAAAAUCAUAAGAGUCAUUUGAAAUCCCAGAUUGUCAACAGUACUUGGAUUGAUGAGUGGCAUGAAACUUGGGUUUCUCCUCUCCUUUAUAUUCUGUGUGAAGGAAACCUGGAUCAAAAAUCAUAUGUGAUUGAUUAUUACUUGCCAAAAUUAUUGAAUUACAGCCCUGAAAGCUUAAGGUAUAUGGUAAAGAUUCUUCAGACAUCUAUUGAUGCUAAACCUGGGUCUUGUCACAGCAGAGGGGCUCUGGGAGCUUUGAUGGCAUGUCUACGAACAGCUAGAGCUCAUGGACAUCUUCAGGCUGCAUCUCAUACCUGGGAGGACCUUGUGUCCAGUGCAAGAAUAAAGCAAGGCUUAAUUCAUCAACACUGCCAAGUGCGGAUAGAUACUUUAGGCUUGCUUUGUGAAAGUAAUCGAAGCACAGAAAUUGUUUCCACAGAAGAAAUGCAAUGGAUUCAGUUCUUUAUCACUUACAACCUUAACAGCCAGUCACCAGGAGUACGGCAGCAGAUUUGUUCUCUCCUAAAAAAGUUGUUUUGUAGAAUACAAGAAAGUUCUCAGGUACUUUAUAAAUUGGAACUAAGUAAAUCCAAACUUGAAUCAGAGGAGUUAACCAAAGAGCAGCCUUCUGUUUCUUUACAGCAAUAUAAGAAUUUCAUGUCAUCUAUUUGCAACAUUCUUUUUGAAGCAUUGUUUCCUGGAUCUUCCUAUUCAACUAGAUUUUCAGCUUUAACCAUCUUAGGAUCAAUAGCUGAAGUUUUUCCUGUCUUGGAAGGUGCCAUCCACACAGUGUAUCAGCUAAGGCAUGAUAUUGAUCUCCAUCGUUUCCAAACACUAGUGGAAUGUUUCACCAGCACUUUUGAAGAAGUGAAAACUUUGGCAUUUGAUCUUCUGAUGAAAUUAUCAGUAACAGCUGGACAGUUCCAGGAUUCUAAGAAACUGCAGGGCUUGUUCCAGGCAGCACUGGAGCUCAGCACCAGCACAAAACCAUAUGACUGUGUGACAGCCUCCUACUUGCUGAACUUUCUAAUCUGGCAGGAUGCUCUGCCCUCUUCCCUGUGUACCUCCUUAGCCCAGCAAGUCACAUGUGGAGAUGGAGAUAAGUCUGCUGCUGUGGUGGAAAGGAAUACGCUCAUGGUUAUCAGGUGCUUGAUGGAAAGUCUUGAGGAUGAAGUAUCUCAGGCUGAGAGUUCUCUGCUUCAGGCUGCAUCCUCAUUUCCACUGUAUGGAAGAGUUCACUGUAUAACAGGAGCUUUGCAGAAGUUACCUCUAAAUAGCCUGCAAAUGAGUGGGUGGAGACCUGUGGUGGAGAGGCUGCUGCUGCUGUGCUACAGGCUUUCUGCAGUGGUGUCUCCUGUCAUCCAGAGUUCCUCCCCUGAAGGCCUCAUCCCUAUGGACACUGAUUCAGAGUCAGCAAGCCGCUUACAAGUUAUUCUCAAUGAGAUUCAGCCACGGGAUACUAAUGAUUACUUCAACCAAGCCAAAGUAUUGAAAGAAUGUGAUAACUUUGAUUUGGAGGACUUAAAUACAAGGGUCUCAAUCAUUGAUGCUUCUGUAGAAGUCCAAAGUAAAGAAAGAAAAACACGUGAUGUAACUGCUCAGAUGGUCCUGGUGUGCUGCUGGAGGAGUAUGAAGGAGGUCGCUUUACUUCUGGGCACACUGUGCCAGCUGCUCCCUAUGCGGCCCGUGCCAGCAGCUUCUGAUGGGCUGUUAACAGUGCAGCAGGUAAAAGAAAUAGGUGAUUACUUUAAACAACACCUUUUACAGUCCAGGCACAGAGGAGCAUUUGAACUGGCUUAUACUGGUUUCGCAAAGCUCACUGAAGUUCUAAACAGGUGCCCUGAUGUAAAUCUGCAAAAACUGCCAGAGCAGUGGUUACAGAGUGUUUUGGAGGAAAUUAAAUGCAGUGAUCCCUCAUCUAAACUCUGUGCUACAAGGCGCAGUGCUGGAAUUCCUUUCUACAUACAGGCAUUGUUGGCAUCUGAACCAAAGAAAAGCAAAAUGAAUUUGCUGAAACUAACAAUGAAAGAAUUGAUCACUUUGGCUGGACCUCCAGAUGCCUCACUGGGCACAGUCCCCCAGGUUCAUGCUUUAAAUAUCCUCAGAGCCUUGUUCAGAGAUACACGCCUAGGAGAAAAUAUUAUUCCUUAUGUUGCUGAUGGAGCUAAGGCUGCAAUUCUGGGCUUCACAUCACCUGUCUGGGCAGUGAGAAAUUCAUCCACACUUCUCUUUAGUUCCUUGAUCACAAGAAUUUUUGGAGUUAAAAGGGGAAAGGAUGAACUUUGUAAAACAAAUAGAAUGUCAGGAAGAGAGUUUUUCUCUCGUUUCCCAGAUCUGUAUCCCUUUCUUCUCAAACAUUUGGAAGCUGUAGCCAAUACAGUGGACAGGGAGGUGGGAGAGCUGGAUCGUCACCCCAGCAUGUUCCUCCUACUCUUGGUAUUGGAGAGACUCCACCCGUCCCCAAUGGAUGGCUCAUCUUCUGCACUCAGCAUGGCGCCUUUUGUUCCUUUCAUUAUCAGGUGUGGUAACUCGCCAAUCUACCGCUCCCGUGAAAUGGCAGCUCGUGCCUUGGUCUCCUUUGUUACAAUAGACCAAAUACCUAGCACCCUCUGCACUCUGCUGGACACACUCCCGAACAGCACUGACCAGUGUUUCCGGCAAAAUCAUAUUCAUGGGACACUUCUGCAAGCUUUUCACUUGUUACAAGCAUACAGAGAUGCCAAACACAGAAUGAAUUCAGACUUUCAGCAGGAACUGCAUGACAUCACUGCUUGUACCAAAGCCAAACUCUGGCUGGCCAGGAGGCAAAAUCCAUGCUUGGUGACCAGAGCUGUAUACAUCGACAUUCUUUUCCUGUUGACUAACUGCCUCGACAGACCGACAAAAGGCAAGCAGCCAGCUCUGGAUAGUCUUGGCUUCUGGGAAGAUGUGAGAGGAAUCGUCUUAGGAUCAGAGCUGGUUACAGGGUUCCCCUGGACCCUCAAGGUGCCAGGCCUGCCCCAGUACCUGCAGAGCCUCACCAAACUAGCCAUCCCUGAAUUGUGGGCAGCGCUGGCCAAGACUGAAGGGCAGGCAACUGAUGUUCCCCUCACCUUCCCUCGGCUGCUGGAGUCUUCCUUUCCUGAAGUACGCUUGCUAACCCUGGACACCCUGCUGGAAAGAGCAAUAGCCUCUGGACUGGGAGAAAAGGGACCACCUCCCUUGCUGCGAAGCAUGGAAAAGGAGUUCCUGCAACUGGCGAUGAAGGAAAACCACCCAGGAUGCUUCUGCAAGGUCCUGAAGAUUCUCCAUCAUAUGGACCCCAAUGAAUGGCUUCCUCAGACAGAGGACUGUGUCCACCUCACUCCAAAGGAGUUCCUGGUCUGGACAAUGGAUAUUGCUUCCAAUGACAGAUCUGAAAUCCAGGGAGUGGCUCUGAAACUUGCCUCCAAAAUAAUUGCCUGCCACGUGCAGACAUGUGAGGAGAACAAGAACUUGAUAGCCCCAGAGCUGAGGCAGUGGGUCCAGCUGGUUGUCUGGUCCUGUGGAGACUGUCUUCCCACUGAGUCUAGACUGGCUGCUGCCAAAGUCCUCACAAGCACCACAUCCCUGUUCCUCACCAAUCCCCGGCCCAUUCUUGAGUUACAGGACACACUUGCUCUCUGGAGGUGUGUCCUCACUCUUCUGCAGAGCGAGGAGCAAGGUGUUAGAGAUGCAGCCACAGAAACUGUAACAACAGCCAUGUCACAAGGAAACACCUGCCAGUCAACAGAAUUUGCCUUCUGCCAGGUGGAUGCCUCCAUUGCUUUGGCCCUGGCCUUAGCUGUCCUGUGUGAUUUGCUCCAGCAGUGGGACCAGCUGGUGCUAGGACUGCCCAUUCUACUGGGAUGGCUGUUGGGAGAAGGUGAUGGCCUCGAAGGUUUUGUGCAGAGCCCACAUCAGGGGGAAGAUGAUCACAUAUUUGAAAAAUCGGAAGUCAAUUUUUGGGCUGAGACCCUGACCUUCGUGAAAUACCUCUGCAGACACCUCUUUCACCUCCUCUGUGAGUCUGGCUGGCAGUCCCCUCACUCGGAGAGGAUCUGUCACCUGCAAAGGAUAGCCUCAGAGCAGCACCACCUCCUCUCUCAGCUUUUCAAACAACUUCCACUCACCCCUGAGUUUUUGAAGACAGUGGAGUACACUAGGCUGCGCAUUCAGGAAGAAAGGACUUUGGCUGGCCUUAAGCUGCUGGCCUUUCUGGAAGGAAAGGAAGUUCCCAGCACUGAAGACUGUCCUGCAGAAUGGGGAGAGUUAAUAGCCCCAAGAACAAGAACAGAAGCAACAUGUUGAAGAAAGAAGACUGGGGUAGAAGGUAGAUUAUCCCCCAAAGUCUGCAAGAGACAUAAUCGAACAUUGCAACCCUCCCUUCAUUCCCUGCUCACUUCUAGGAGUCUAGGUCCUGUCACUUCCUAAGAGGGCUUUUGCAUCAAAUUCACUAGAAGCAGCCCGAUUUCUUGCAGCUUCUGUAGGAAGUAAGGCUACCACAUUGAAUAUUCACUUUGGCCCCAGGUACAGGCCACCUACAGGCCUAAAUUGGCCUUUUCCAUCCCCCAGGACUGCCAGAGUCCAGCCAAAGCCUGUUUUCUAUGCACUGCAUUGAGUUUUAACACACAAGAUUUCACCACCAUCACUGCUGUUUUGGGCUGUAUAUAAAGACUGGAUUAGUUGGCAAACAACCCACUUGGUCAUAUUUUAAAUUUUAUUCUUAUUUUAGCAGAGGAGAAAUAUGUUCCAAAUGUUGGGUCCUGGGAGAAUUCAGUGAGACUCAACCUCAUACAAAUGCGGUGUUUUAUUGUCUACAUGUGCUAGUCCUGUAAUGCCCAUGUUAAGAAUGCCUCCUUUCUCCCCAGAAAUGUUUGUGAAUGUUAGGAAACCUGAUUGGUCACCCAAUAUGUAUUGCCUGAUGUUAGAAGGAACAUGGGAAAAGGAGAGCCAGGACAGAGGCCUCAUUCAUUUGAUGCCAGUGCUAUCUACUGACCUGUGCUUGGUGGAAGUAUCUCAUUUCAGAUGCAAAUAAACAUAUCCAUUCGAUGGUUUCAUCUAGAAACCUUCAGGGUUUUUUGGCCCAGCGCAGCCCUCUUCCUCUGACACCCAGCAGGUGGCACUCCUGCACACAUUAUAUUUGCUGAUCUAUUUCAUUGGCUUAGCCACCUAAAACAACUGUUUGCUGCUAGGUGAGGAAGAGCUGAUCUUCCUAAAACAAGGAAUUCUAGAUAGGCUGACUAGACUCAGCAGAUGGAUAAGCACUGGGGAACAGCUGGGGGUGCCAACAACACAGUGGAC